GACACGUUAGUGGGAUGUCAGCCUUGCUCUAUUAACACGUGUAUGGACCCGGAUUUGUUGACGAUAAGUUAAUUUUUUUCAAUAAAGCUAAUCAUAACUGUCCCAUGAGUUUUGUGGAGUACUCAGAACUUAUUCAGGAAGGAGAUGUGGUCAUCAUCUUUCUUGGGCAUGACUCCAUGAUGCCCAUCAAAGUGGAGUCUGGUGCUCAAACACAGACUCGCUAUGGAGCCAUUCGCCACUCCACUGACUUAAUCGGUCGCCGGUUUGGUUCGAAAGUAACAUGCAGUAAGGGUGGAUGGGUGUAUGUACUGCAUCCCACUCCGGAGCUAUGGACUGUGAAUCUGCCCCACCGAACGCAGAUACUCUAUACAACAGACAUCGCCAACAUCACCCUGAUGCUGGACCUCAAACCAGGCUCUGUUGUCUGUGAAUCAGGCACUGGCAGUGGAUCACUGUCCCAUGCCAUUCUCCGCACCAUCGCACCCAAUGGCCACCUGCACACAGUCGAGUUUCAUGCCCAGCGGGCAGAAAAGGCAACACAAGAGUUCAGCGAUCACAAGGUGGGCCAUCUAGUGACUGUUCGUAACCAGGAUGUGUGUAAAGAUGGCUUUGGUGUUGUCGGUGUAGCUGAUGCAGUAUUUCUGGACAUCCCAUCACCAUGGGAGGCCAUCAUUCAUGCCAAGAAAGCAUUCAAACGCAGGGGGGGUCGUUUGUGCUCGUUCUCUCCUUGUAUUGAGCAAGUACAAAGGACAUGUGAAACUCUCCUGGAUCAUGGCUUUGAAGAGAUCUGUACAUUGGAGGUGCUUCAGAGGGUACACGACGUCCGCUCUGUCACUCUGCCUUUACCAGAUUUUGGCCCGGAGGAGGGUAGAACAGAGAGUACCAAAUUAGCCUCUGACCCUGACCCUGCUCCAGAGGAAGUGCCAGCAAACCCCAGUUACUCUUCAGUGACGUGCAAGACUGCCACACAUCCUAGGGAGAUGGCUGGACACACAGGUUACCUCACUUUUGCCACCAAACCACGAGACUAAACUACUACAGGAAUGCCACAAGAUGGGUGGUGUGACUGCCUGAAGCAUGAGUUGUAGACUUAGCGCUGUGUUGUGUGUUUUUUUUUUUUGUUUUUUGGUUUUUUUGGGUGCUCUCCCGGUGUAUUUAAACAUCUAUUAAUAUUGAUGUCUAUCUUUCAUAAUAAGAGAUGGAUUUGGGGGACCAUAAAUAUUUAGCAAAAAGGCUAGCUAAAUUUAAGCAUUUAUUAAUGGUCAUUGUUCAUUUUGUGAAAACAAUCUUUAAUUUCAUCCAGAGUAUGACAAUGAGUUAUAAUGAUUUUAAUAUUUUCUGUUACAAUAAAUUUAAAAUGCGA